AUGGCUGCUCUAGAGUGCUGGCGCCAGGGACAUGAAGUUCGAAUCAUUGAGAAAUCAUCCUCACGACUUUUAUCCGGCGAUGGAUUCACCAUCGGUUCCACCGCCAUCCAUGCAUUGCGGCACUGGCCGGACAUUGUCGAAGAAAACGAGAGGAUCGCACGUCAUCCAUGGGUCUCCUGGCAUAGGAUCACUGGGGAGAAGAUCUCAGGUCCUGCGCCAUUUUAUGAUCCUGCGGAGAAGAAAGACGACACCCAAACCGACGGCGAAGAGGCCCCGCGGACGAUCUACAGAUAUAGCCGUCCGAAAUUUCACAAGAUGCUGGCCGACCAAGCGGAAAAGCUGGGUAUUUUCGUGGAGUAUGGCACUCGUGUGGUUGAGUACUAUGAGGAACCCAUCGCGGACAACGCAGGUGUGGUACUGGAAAAUGAAAUGAAGAUUGAGGCCGACGUGGUCUUUGCUGCCGAUGGCAUUGGCAGCAAGUCCAGUAGUGCGAUAAUGGGCCAUAUGGUUCCCGCUCGCUCAACAGGCUUUGCAAUUUAUCGCGCUGCGUUUCCAGUUGAACUGGCUGAUGCAGACCCGAUGGUCCGCCAUCGAUUUAAGCCAUUAAACGAUGGCACGCCGGUGGUUGAAGUGUGGAUGGGGGAGGGAAUACGUGCAACAUUUGGUAGAAGUGAGGAUGAGAUGUCAUGGACGAUAAACUAUUCGGAUGAUGGGGAGGCAUCGGAGUCUUGGUCCAACCUGGUUGACCCAGAGAUUGUUCUCCAAAAAACCGCAAAUAUCCCUGGGUGGCCGGAAGUCGGGAACAGACUCAUUCAAUUGACACCCAAGGAACGGCUCCACGACUUUAAGCUGAUGUGGCGGGAGCCCCAGCCCUGUUGGGUCUCACCCGGCGGGCGAGUCAUCCAGAUUGGGGACGCCGCACACUCAUUUCUGCCCUCGUCUGGGAACGGCGCGACCCAAGGCAUGGAAGAUGCCAUCUCGCUAGCGACUUGUCUGCGACUAGCGCAGAAGAACGAUCUGUGUUGGGCAACCCGCGUACAUAACAAGCUACGAUUCGAGCGGGUAUCUUGUCUGCAGUUGUUGGGAAUCCUCAACCAGGAAACACGGCACCUGUCUGCCCAUGCCAAGGCCAGUACGGCACAUACCAAGCCUAUCGGGUUGAUGGCGGCGUGGAUCUGGCGACACAACCCGGAGCGCUAUGCCAUCGAGAACUACGAGGCGGCACGGACACACCUGGAAGAUGGGAAGCCGUUCCAGAACAGCAAUAUCCCACCAGGUCAUGUGUAUCAGCCAUGGACCAUUGAUGAAAUGCUGCGGGUAAUCGCUGCAGGCGAGCUCCACCUGGACGGAGACUGGGAAUGA